ACAAAAUCGCACUGUGCUUCCAAAUGAGCCACGCACCUCGUGAUGCAGCAGUGUUUAUUCUUCUUCUAUCAUUACAGCCUCGUCUACAACUCUGAUACUACCAAGAGACCAUAGAAACUCGACCGGUCUAUUCUAGGUGUCUGUUUCCAGUUUUAUUUGUCGGCUAAUGAGACAUCGCUGCUGCUUAAUCGGUGUGACAUCAUCAAUUUUCCGUCACAACCAUUACAUAUCUAACAAGGCUGAGUAAUCGAGGAAGACAAGGACAAAGCUACGUAAGUGGGACAGCGCGACGAGGACUUAACAACAGCUCUGACACAGUAUGGCGUCCAGGGAGCCGCCGCUUGCUCUAGCCAAACAGCAGGGUGAUGGCAGGGAGUGUUUCACUAAGUUAUUUUGAGUAGGCAUGUGAACAACAGAGGAUGACAUGGCAGAAGCGGCAAGUCCACCGGGAAGCGCGUCCAGGGUGCAGUUUGACUCGGCUUUUCCAUAUGAGGAGUACGAGUGCAAAAUAUGCUACAACUACUAUGAUUUGGACCGCAGAACACCGAAAAUUCUGGAAUGCUUGCAUACAUUUUGCGAGGAAUGUUUAAACACUUUGCACCUCCGCGAAGACCGACCUUGGUGCAUAGGAUGUCCGCUUUGUCGCCACAGAACGCCUGUGCCAGAAUACAGGAUACAAAACCUUCCGAACAAUACUAAAGUGACCGACGCUUUCCCCCUCUACUUUGACUCUGAUCCCCUUCCCCAGGAUAGUUUGCCGCCUUAUCCCCCGCCACUACACCCAGCACUCAUUGCACUUCGUCGCGAAGAAUCGGGCCGAGAAGCAACAGGAGCCCCGGCUGAGGACAGUGCGUCGGUCUCUGUGGCUGCUGCCGCCGCAUACGAAGCUGCUGGUUAUGAGUCCUGUCAGACUUGUAAGCGAGUUGCCUUCACCACGGGUUGUGUGUGCGCUAUCUUUGCUUUUCUGUCCAUGUUGGUGUUGUUAUUUUUUGGUCUCUUAUUCAUUCACAACUACAACAAUCCGCCGUCGCCAGUGGGGCCCAUAUGUCUGUCUGUAGCCAGCAUAUUGGCGAUGUUUUCAGUCGUUGUCACGUGGUUGAUGUGUUGGCUGAAAUACCGACCCGAACCGGACAGCGCGCGGUCCACCAUUGGUGGCAAUCGACGAAAUACCCGAUAGAACGUCUUGUGCAGACCUAAUGUAGGCCUUUAUGUAAACACGUGUAUCAGAAACACUUCGCAAACAGACUUAUAAACAAAUGCAAUUUAUGUACAGAGAGAAAACCAACGAAUAGUUGUGCCACGUAAGACUACUAGUCAGAGACUUUUCAGACAAUCACUUACAAAUGGUAACAUGUAAUCCUGCUGUGACUUGUGCUGACCUACAUAUGAAGAAGGUAAUCUGUGCCCUGUGGAUUAAAUGCAAACGUAGAGGUUUAACUGAGAAGAACACUGUAAUGUUUACUAUCACCGAGAGUUUGAUGAUAAAUAAAAUGUUUGUCAAAUCAGACAUACAAAACCUCGCUCACUAUUAGCCAGUUUCACCGAAUAAAUGCGCAUGCGUUUACGUGGGAGAGAGGAGUGCCAUACGUUGAGUGUCUUCUGUGCCAAAUUCAACCCCCAUCUGCCCUCUAGCGGCAGCUGGAAGUGGUUUUCCCAGGCAUGCUUUAAUAAAAAAAAUACUUCAAGUAAACGGAUGGCAAAAUCCAUGCCAAGUCAGACAUGCCCUGAUAUUCCAGUUUUUGGUUGAGGUAUAAUAGACUUUUAUAUACCCAAAUUGUCAAAUUUACAAGAAUUGGUAUUGCUGAAUGGCUUGGAUCUUUAUGUAACUGCUGUUACUGAAUUACAAGCCAGAUGAUAUCUCCUGUUCUGUAA